UAAAUACCUCCAAAUCCACCCCUUCCAUCGCACCAAAUUCAUCAUCAUCAUAACCUUCCUUCCUUCUCAUAUUCUUUCUCCGGCGCUAUCCAUGGCUGCUCUCAAGGCCGUUCAUGUCUCCGACGUCCCAUGCCUCGAUCACGUGCCGGAGAGCCCCUCCUUCGCCCUCUACUCCUCCCGCUUCUCCAACGCCGCCCCCCGCUCCUCCGCCUCCUUCAAAUUGCCUAAAUUCGUCGUCGUCGGUCACCGUGGUCACGGCAUGAACAUGCUCCAAUCCUCCGAUCGCAGAAUGUCUGCCAUCAAAGAAAACUCCAUCGCCUCCUUCAACGCCGCCGCCGCUUUCCCCCUCGAUUUCAUCGAAUUCGACGUUCAGGUGACAAGAGAUGACUGUCCAGUCAUUUUCCAUGACGAUUUCAUCCUCUCUCAAGAAAAUGGUACUGUGUUUGAGAAGAGGAUGACAGAGUUGAGUCUUGCUGAGUUUCUUUCAUAUGGUCCUCAAAGAGAGGAAGGGAUGGAAGGGAAAGUGUUGCUGAGGAAAACCAAAGAUGGGAAGGUUUUGCCAUGGGAUGUUGAACAGGAUGCAUCGCUCUGCACUCUUCAAGAAGCGUUUCAAGAUGUGGAGCCUUCUCUGGGGUUUAAUAUUGAGUUGAAGUUUGAUGAUCAUAUUGUGUAUGAGGAAGAUUAUCUUGUUCAUGUUCUUCAGGCCAUCUUGAAGGUUGUGUUUGAAUAUGCUAAGGACAGGCCUAUUAUUUUCUCUACUUUCCAGCCAGAUGCUGCUUUGCUUGUGAAGAAAUUGCAGAGCAUUUACCCUGUGUUCUUCUUGACAAAUGGAGGUUGUGAGCUUUAUGAAGAUGUGAGGAGGAACUCUUUGGAUGAGGCUUUGAAACUCAGUUUGGAGAAUGGGUUGGACGGAAUUGUCUCUGAGAUUAAAGGGGUAUUUAGAAGUCCUGAAGCAGUUACCAAAAUCAAGGAGUCUCAGCUUUGUCUUCUUACCUAUGGAAAAUUGAACAAUGUUCCUGAAGCAGUUCACAUGCAGCAUAUGAUGGGAAUCGAUGGGGUGAUUGUGGAUUUUGUCCAGGAAAUAACAGAGGCAGUUGGGGAUAUGGUGAAGCCAGCAAAGGGUGGUGAUGAUGAAGAGGGUUUGACUGAAGGGAUUGGGAAGGUGCAGGUCAACAACACAAAGCCUAAAUUUUCGCAGCAGGAGCUUUCUUUUAUUUUGAAACUCAUCCCACAAUUGAUACAGAUUUGAUUGAAGAGAUGGCAUUUCGUGCGGCUUUUCAUUGAUUUCACCUUUCACAUACUGAUAGUUUAGGGGUAGACUUGUACAUACAUUUUAUUUUCAUGGAGGAUGAAGGGAGGCAUGAAUAUAAUAGUUUGGUGGUGGGUUACAGACUUACAGAUAUUGUGAGAAAUCAGAAAUGCUAUCUUCAUUGCUUAAAAUUUACACCGUGUGAGUGUGACAUAUCUGUUUCAUUUCAAUGGAGAAAAGUUGGAAACUUA